AUGAAAGUUCUACUGCGUAAGAAUCCAAGGUCUGUGGCUUUGGUUUCGGGCGAUUACUGUCUGCUGUUCAAGACAGUUCGAACUCAGAAUCAUGUCAAUUCGAAACCGAAAAGUAUCAUAGAGUUUGUGUCUCUCAAGCAUCUAAGUUCACAGCAUUACUAUGAAUUGAACAUGGAAUGUUACGGUUUAUUAGGAUUGAUUCAUCUCAAAGGGAAUACAUUUGUCUGUGUUAUUACAGGAAAACAAGAAGUGGGAAGCAUACGACCCCAAGAGAGAAUCAAUGUCAUCAAGAAUGUCAACUUCAUCUGUCUUGAGAACGAUAGCUUUGAAUACAUUGAGACAAAAUACAACACCCAGGCUCUGACUGCGGAGAAGAAUAUUGAAAUUUAUGAAAAGGAGGUCCCUUAUUCUUCAUUAAAAAGACUGUUGAGUUCCAAUAGUUUCUAUUAUAGUAAUGAUUUUGACAUCAUCACAUCUUUGCAACACCGUGAGUCAAGUUACCUCAGAAAAGAGAAAAAAUUCAGAAUGAUACUAGAAUAUUCAAAGAACUUUUUAUGGAAUAAUUUUAUGGUCGGUGAGUUGAUCAAUUUUAAAGAUCAUUUGACGCCACAAGAGAGGUUUCUGUUCGAAGAACGUGGGGAAUUUCUGGUCUGCAUUAUGAGAGGCUAUGUACAAAGCGUCAACUGCAGUAUUGAGACAAAUGGAGACUCUUUGAUGACGAUAAUCUCGAAGCAAAACUGCGUGAAGACGGGCAAAGGCCAUCUAUUUGGCCCCUGGGGGCUGGACGAUAAUGGGAAUACCUCCAACUUUGUUCAAUCAACAGUUUGUCUUUACACAAAAAACACAAUAUUCUUUUACAAUCAAAUCCGAGGAAAUGUGCCACUGUUUUGGUCUCUAGAGAACCAGCUACUUUCCACAAAAAUAGAUUUCCCGAGAUCCUCAGAAUCGUCUCAAGCAGCGUUCGAUAAAUACUUUGAUAUUCUCUGUCAAAAUUUUGGCAAUGUCCAUAUAUUAGACGGUUUAUCAGAGAGAGGAUAUCAACGAGAGCUAACUGAAAAGUACAAAGAAAGCUUUCGAAAUUUAGACGAUGUGCUGAGACAACAGGUUACGUACAAUGAAAUCAAUUUUCCCUUAGAUUCAUUGAAAAAUCAUACAGCUGAUUCGAAACUGCUAAAGGCGAUAGAAGAUCGCAUUAUAGACAUUGGUGCAUACUGCUAUAAUCUCAAGGAUCAGACUUCAAUAGGAAAACAGUCCGGUAUCUUUUUGACCAACACAUUCAACUCUUUGGAGAAGGCCAAUUAUAUUCAGCAGCUGAUAUCAAGUACCGUUUUCCACGCUUGUCUCUCUGAUCUCGAUCUCAAUUUUAGCAACGAAAUAGCAGCAAAGCAUAACGAGUUAUGGCACGAGAAUGGGCAGCGUUUACAGAAAAUCACAUUGCAUGCAAUGAGCUCUAAGCACACGAAAAACAAGCAGGGAGGUCUUGUUGGAGUAGUCGCCGGAGUGAGCAAGAAAUAUGUGAGCAAUGUUGUUCAGGACAAUAAGAUUAAAGAGCAUAACGUGGAUAAACUAUUGGGUAGAUUGAACGGUCAGAUUGAGGUUCAACUGAUUGAUCCUAUACAUGACUUUGUCACGAAUGAAUUGAGAAAAAAGAAGAAUGAGUUCACAUCACAGAGAACAUUAAAGAUAUUCACAGGAACCUUUAACAUCAAUGGCGAGCUAUACGAAGGAGAUAUAAGAUCUUGGAUAUACCCACUAGAUGACAGUGCGAAAGAGAACUAUGACGUUAUAGCAAUAGGAUUUCAGGAGAUAAUUUCCCUAAGUGCUGGGAAGAUGAUCAAUGUUGAUUCAAAGAAUCGCCAGUUUUGGGAGAAGAAAUUAUUGUUGACUGUCAACCGAGAUGAUCCAAAUAAGUAUACAAUGCUGUGGGUAUCCCAGCUUGGAGGAAUAUGUCUGUUCCUGUUGGUAAAGACCACCGCAAAAACACGUAUCACAGAUAUUGAAGGGACAUUAAAAAAGACAGGUCUUGCGGGUAUAGCAGCAAAUAAGGGAGCUGUAGCCAUUAGUUUUACUUACAGUUCGACUACAAAGUUUGCAAUUGUUUCUAGCCAUCUUGCAGCUGGAUUUCAUAAUGUUGUUGAACGGCAUCAAGAUUACAAAACUAUUGCCAAGGGAAUGUCCUUUGCCCGGAAACGGACCUUGAAAGAUCAUGAUAUCGUUAUAUGGAUGGGAGACUUCAACUACAGAAUUGAACUGUCCAAUGAGGAUUGUAAGAGGCUGAUAGGAGAAAAGAAUUACCGCAAGCUUUACGAAUAUGACCAACUGAACAAUCAAAUGGCCGAAGGACAUGCAUUCCCUUACUAUGAUGAAAUGGAAUUGAAUUUUGCACCUACAUACAAGUUUGACAACGGAACAUCCAGAUAUGAUACUUCAGAGAAACAGAGAGUCCCAGCCUGGACUGAUAGGAUUCUUAGUAUCUCAAGAGGAAAGUCUCUGAAUCAGAUAUCAUAUGGGAGUGUGCCGUCAAUCAAGUUCAGUGAUCACAGACCGGUAUAUGGUGUGUUCAAGGCCACUGUCGAUGUCAUAGAUGAAGAGAUCAAGAAUAGACUCACUGCAGAAUUGUACGAGGAAAUGAAGCACAAAAUUGGCGACGCCAACGAUAUCUUGUUUUAUGGAGAUAUUAUUAACGAACAGGACACUGCAAAUAUGGCUCCAUCAAAUCCAGGAGCCAGUAAUUAUGUUGACAAUGAGAUCACAUUAGCCCACGGGCUGCCACCACCCAGCUCAGAGCAUACUAAAUGGUGGAUUGAUGGUCGACAAUCAGUGAGAGUACACUUUCCAGAACUAGAUGAUGGAAAAAUGAUGGUCAAUCCCAAUCUACCCAGGAAUCCUUUUGAGAAAACCAAAGAGGCUGAUUUUGUGACUAUUGAGGAAGGUUUGAAAGAAUACCCUUCAGAAAGCUAA